GGGCCCUGUCCCCGAGGUGUCUUUGACCUGGCUGGCAGUAGCAAAGAACCGAGCAGCUUCUGAGCUCUUGUCUUCUCCUGAUUGGAGUCCUUGGUGCUCAGCUUUGCCCACCAGGGGCUUCCCACCUGAGCUUCUCACCCCCUGGGGAGAUGAUUUCACGAGGGUGGUUUCACAGAGACCUCAGUGGGCUGGAUGCUGAGACACUGCUCAAAGGCCGCGGCGUCCAUGGCAGCUUCCUGGCCCGGCCCAGUCGCAAGAACCAGGGCGACUUCUCCCUCUCAGUCAGGGUAGGGGAUCAGGUGACUCACAUUCGGAUCCAGAACUCGGGUGACUUCUAUGACCUGUAUGGCGGGGAGAAGUUCGCCACACUUACUGAGCUGGUGGAGUUCUACACACAGCAGCAGGGGGUCCUGCAGGACCGAGAUGGCACCAUCAUCCACCUCAAGUACCCGCUCAACUGCUCCGACCCCACCAGUGAGAGAUGGUACCAUGGUCACAUGUCCGGGGCACAAGCCGAGACACUGCUGCAGACCAAGGGGGAGCCCUGGACGUUCCUGGUACGUGAGAGCCUCAGCCAGCCUGGUGACUUUGUGCUGUCUGUGCUCAGCGACCAGCCGAAGGCUGGGCCCGGCUCCCCACUCAGGGUCACUCACAUCAAGGUCAUGUGUGAGGGCGGCCGGUACACAGUGGGCGGCACAGAAACCUUUGACAGCCUCACGGACUUGGUGGAGCAUUUCAAGAGGACGGGCAUUGAGGAGGCCUCGGGUGCCUUUGUCUACCUUCGGCAGCCCUACUAUGCCACCCGGGUGAAUGCAGCUGACAUUGAGAACCGGGUGCUGGAGCUGAAUAAGAAGCAGGAGUCGGAGGAGACAGCCAAGGCUGGCUUCUGGGAAGAGUUUGAGAGUCUGCAGAAACAGGAGGUGAAGAACCUGUACAAGCGGCUGGAAGGGCAGCGGCCAGAGAACAAGAGCAAGAACCGAUACAAGAACAUCCUGCCAUUCGACCACAGCCGAGUCAUCCUGCAGGGCCGGGACAGCAACAUCCCUGGAUCCGACUACAUCAAUGCCAACUAUGUCAAGAACCAGCUGCUGGGCUCCGAUGAGAACUCCAAGACCUACAUCGCCAGCCAGGGCUGUCUGGACGCCACUGUCAAUGACUUCUGGCAGAUGGCCUGGCAGGAGAACACCCGCGUAAUUGUCAUGACUACACGGGAGGUGGAGAAAGGCCGGAACAAGUGUGUCCCCUACUGGCCAGAGGUGGGCACCCAGCGUGCUUAUGGACCCUAUACUGUGACCAACUGCAGGGAGCAUGACACGGCUGAAUACAAGCUCCGUACCCUGCAGGUCUCUCCACUGGACAAUGGGGACCUGGUUCGGGAGAUCUGGCACUACCAGUACCUGAGCUGGCCUGACCACGGGGUCCCUAGCGAGCCUGGGGGUGUCCUCAGCUUCCUGGACCAGAUCAACCAGCGGCAGGAGAGUAUGCCGCAUGCGGGACCCAUCAUCGUGCACUGCAGCGCGGGCAUCGGCCGUACAGGCACCAUCAUCGUCAUCGACAUGCUGAUGGAGAGCAUCUCCACCAAGGGUCUGGACUGCGACAUUGACAUCCAGAAGACCAUCCAGAUGGUGCGCGCACAGCGCUCGGGCAUGGUGCAGACCGAGGCUCAGUACAAGUUCAUCUACGUGGCCAUCGCGCAGUUCAUCGAGACCACCAAGAAGAAGCUGGAGGUCAUGCAGUCCCAGAAGGUGCGGGAGUCUGAGUACGGGAACAUCACCUAUCCCCCCGCCAUGAAGAAUGCCCAUGCCAAGGCCUCUCGGACUUCGUCCAGGCACAAGGAGGAUGUGUACGAGAACCUGCAGAGUAAGAAUAAGAAGGAAGAGAAGGUGAAGAAGCAGUGGUCGGCGGACAAAGAGAAGAGCAAGGGGUCCCUCAAGAGGAAGUGACAGCUGGCCCUGUUUUGGCAGCUCCCUGCUGGUUGAUCCUCUACCCACCGGAGUUGAGGAGCCGCCCCCCAGUCUACUGUAAUUUAAACAUGCCCCCACCUCCUUCUCUCAGACCCUGUACAUAGCCCCGCGCAAGGGCAGGCCCUUCCACUCCUGUAAAUAAAGCCCUGGGGUCUC